AUGAGUUAUGUUAGUAAAUGUGAUUGCGGUAAAUUAAGUUCAUCAAUGAAUGAUUUAAAUUGGAGUAGACAUGUUAACUCAUGUAAAGUACGAAAGUUUAAAAGAAACUCACAUGACAUAAAAUCUUUUUUUUCUGGAAGCAAUAAAAAAAGCAAAUUGAUUCACCAAAUUACUGAUGCAGAAAAUACUCUUGUUGAUUUAAAUAAAGAACCGGUACAUAAAGAAUCUUUGAUUGAAUGUGAACUUCGACAAGAUACUGAGAUAAACACAUGUUUGGAAAAUAAAGCUCUUGUUGAUUUAAAUGAAGAACCUGUACAUAAAGAAUCUUUGAUUGAAUGUGAACUUCGACAAGAUACUGAGAUAAACACAUGUUUGGAAAAUAAAGCUCUUGUUGAUUUAAAUGAAGAACCAGUACAUAAAGAAUCUUUGAUUGAAUGUGAACUUCAACAAGAUACUGAGAUAAACACAUGUUUGGAAAAUAAAGAUGAUAUGGAUAUGGAUAUAAUGAAAAAUGAUCCUGCAGUUUUUGCUAAUAUGUCUUUUUUGACUCCAGAAAUUAAAGAUUACAUCUUCAAAUUUGGUCCUUGUCAACCGUUACAAAAUGAUUUACCUAAUAAAAUAUUUCCAUUUGAAAUUAACAAAGAAAAAAUAAAGAGAAGCUUUAAUGAUAAACAUUAUUACAGAAUUUUACCUGAUAAAUCAAAAUGCCAUCGUGAUUGGUUGUCCUAUUCAUUAAGCAAAAAUAAAAUUUUUUGUAUACAUUGUAUGCUUUUUGGAACCAAUUUGCAUAGUAAUUUAGAAAAAUCUUGGACCAAAGAAGGAUUUAAUAAAUGGAAAAAUUGUUCAUUUGCUAUUCAAAGACAUGAGUUAACUCCAGAUCAUGUAACAUCAUCUUUAAAAUUUAAGUUACGUCAAAAAAAUUUACCAAUUUUACCUUCAAUUGAAAAUAAUAGAAAAACUCAGAUAGCAAUGAAUAGAAACGUUAUAUUAGAGCUUAUAGACAUUGUUAUAUACAUGGGACGUCAUAAUCUGGCAUUUCGCGGGCAUUGUGAGGAUUGGUCUUCAAAUUCCAGAGGUAAUUUUAAGGACUUAGUUAUACUAAUGUCUAAAAAUUCAGGACCAUUAGCGGAACACAUAAACCGUAUUCAACAAAAUGGAAAACAUGAAACAUCUUUUGUUUCAUGGCAAAGACAAAAUCAGCUGAUUGAAGCUAUUGCCGGAGAUAUUUCUUUUCAAGUACGGUCAUUUAUUAAAGCUGUAAAAAUGUUUAGCAUAUCUAUUGAUACCACAUUUGAUGAAUCUCGUAAGGAACAAAUAUCAUUUAUAAUACGAUAUGCUGAUGAAGUUACUGGUGACAUUCAUGAAAGACUAUUAGCAGUUAAGGAAUCACCAGUUACAUCUGGAAAAAAUUUAUAUGAUAUUUUUGUAAAUGUAAUGGAAGCUGAAAAUUUAAAUUGGAAAGAAGAGUUGGUUGGCCAGUCAUAUGAUGGAGCUAGCAAUAUGCGUGGUAACUAUAAAGGCCUCCAAGCACGUAUUAAAUCAGAAAGCCCCCAAGCAUUAUUUGUAUGGUGUCACUCCCAUCGCUUAGCUUUGGUAGUAAAACAAGCAGUAUCGUGUAACUCCAACGCUGUUGAUUUAUUCGGGAAUUUAGAAACUCUCUAUAAUUUUCUUUGGUGUUCAAAAAAAAGAGCAGCAAUUUUCAGAGAAAUUCAAAUUGAAUGUGGUAAAAUGGAAUGUAAAAAAAAUCCAUUGCAUGCAGUUAAGAGAGUAAGCACCACUCGGUGGAGCUCUCAUUCAGCAGCAUUAAAUGUAGUUUUGAAAUUCCACAAUGCAGUUUUAAAAACAUUAAACCAAAUUAAAGAUUCCGAAGGAUCUGCUGAUGUAGUAGUUGGUGCAAGUUGUAGUGGCUUGAUAUCAUAUCUUACAUCCCAACGUUUUCUUCUAACAGCAUUAUUAUUCAAAACUAUAUUUGAUAUACUUGAACCUGUCACCCGCCAAUUGCAAUCACAAGAUAUGGAUAUGCUUAUGGCCACGAAUAUUUUAAAUAAUGUGAUUCACCAAAUCAAAGAACUUAGAAAUGAUGAUGCGUUUAAAAGAUUGCUAAAAAUUACUGAUGAGUUUGCUGAAAAUAGUGUUGUCGACUUUUUACCUCUUAUAUCCAGUCGUCCGAAACGUGUUCCAAGAAAAUCAGGUGAACUGUCUCGAGAUGAAAUUAUAUCCUGUCCCAUGAAAAAAUUUAAAAUUGAUACAUACAAUAUCAUAAUGGAUAUUCUUUUAGCAGAGUUAAGUGGACGUUUUGAAAGCACCAAUAUAGGGCCCUUAAAAGACUUAUCCCUUCUUUCAUCUAGACGUAUUCGAGAAGUUCAAAAUAAUCCACACAUUGUACCUUGUGAUGCCUUUGACGCUUUGUGUACUAUGUACACACAAAUUGAUAAAAACACAUUAUUAACAGAAUAUAUUGAAUUUUGUAAAAAUUUUACUGAAAUAGAAAACAGUAUUGUACUUCCUAAGUAUCUUAACACGAAUGUAAUAGUUGAUUAUGAAGAUUCGCUAGAGUUAAAUGCAUAUAGUUACGAUGGUAUGGAUAAAGAUUCUGUACAAAUUGUUAAUCAUAACAUAGCAAGCACGAGGGAAUUAUUUAAGUUAUUUUGUUUGGCUAAAUUAGCUAAUAUUUUUCCAAAUUUAUAUUUGGUUUUAAAAUUAGCUGUUACAUUACCUGUAACAAGCUCUAAAAGUAGUGUUCUAACUAAAUGUUUGAUUUAUUAA